AUGGCCCCUUUUCUGUACUCCACAUCCUGUCCCAUUCAAAAAACCACUCAUCCCACCUCAGUAUAUAUGAAAAUUCUUCGUGUGAAAUAAUGAAAAAUUUUCACUUUCUGCUUCUUUCAAGUGAAAAAAAAUAAUUCUGCAACAUUAAGCCAAGAAGAUGAGGGGUUCUACUAAUUCCGUUGCUAUCCCAGUGGAGAAUUGUGUGGCACUGAAGAUGAUGAAAAGUUCUGUGUCUAGAAGCUGGAUUUUGUUUGACAAGAGAGGACAGAGCGCUAUCCUGGAUUUGGAUAAGCAGGGGAUAAUGAACCGGGUUCCGAUACACACCAGAGAUCUUAGAAUCCUCGACCCUCUCCUCUCUUAUCCCUCUAUAAUUCUUGGAAGAGAAAAAGUCAUUGUUCUCAACUUGGAGCACAUUAAAGCAAUUAUUACAACAGAAGAGGUAUUACUUCGUGACCCACUGGAGGAUAAUGUUAUCCCGAUUGUUGAAGAACUGCAAAGAAGGUUGCCCCUGGCUACUGGCCUAGGUGAAGGAGAAGAUGAUGAACAACCCCAACCUGGGAUAAGACCUGAUAAUGAGCAAACCGAGUUUCCCUUCGAAUUUCGAGCUCUAGAAGUAGCGUUAGAAGGCAUAUGUAGCUCUCUCGACACACAGACGAGAGAUUUGGAGACUGCUGCCUACCCGGCUUUGGAUGAACUGACUGCAAAGAUUAGUAGUCGUAAUCUUGAUCGAGUGCGUAAACUCAAGUGUGGGAUGACACGAUUGACUAGUCGGGUCCAGAAAGUGAGGGAUGAACUCGAGCAGCUUCUUGAUGAUGACGACGACAUGGCAGAUCUUUACUUAUCCAGGAAACUGGCUGCAGCUGUUUCUUCGCCCGUGAGCUGCAAUGUGGUUCAUGACUGGUUCCUCGACUCUCCAACUAUAAGCUCUAAAUUAUCGAGAGCGAGCAGGAAAAGCACGACAACAAGCCACGGGGGAAUUGAUGUUGAGGAACUCGAAAUGCUGCUCGAGGCUUACUUUGUACAAAUCGAAAGCACUAUGAACAAGUUAACCACGUUGCGAGAAUACAUUGAUGACACAGAGGACUAUAUUAAUAUACAGCUAGACAAUCAUCGGAAUCAGCUGAUCCAGCUAGAGCUGUUCCUGAGCUCAGGGACUGUCUGUUUGACAGUGUACUCAAUGGUGGCCGCCAUCUUCGGCAUGAACAUCCCAUAUCAAUGGAAUGACAAUCACGGUUACCUUUUCAAAUGGGUGGUCAUCUUCACUUCCAUGAUCUGUGUUUCCCUCUUCAUAUCCAUAAUCGCAUACGCGCGACACAGGGGUCUGGUGGGAUCUUGAUAUAUACACGUACGCAUGCAAAUGCAUCUCUUUCUGCCGUCAAUUCAUCUCUGCAUAAUUCCAGAUUACUGUUCUGCAUCCGUUUCUUGAUUGUACCACUUCAGCGUAUAAUAAUUGAAGAAGCAAUCAUUGAAUUUUUAGCCAAUCUGAUCAGGCAUGUGAAAUCCACGUGUUUUUUUUUUGUAAGACCGAAACUCAAGGUUAGUCAGUGAGGGUAAGGUACGUAAAUUCCGCUAUUAUAUAAUAAUCUGUAAUUACAUAAGAAAGGUAAAUCGUAUAUAAAAUAAUGAUUUAUUCAUCUUACAAUUUCUUUCAA